GGGGUUUUAGUAUUUUUUCUAGUUACGCCCAUGAGCUAAUAAACUCGUACUUGUCCCUUUCCUCCUGCUCGGCUCCGCCUUCCCCACUCGUCCACUCCCCGUACACUCCAUCGCGCUCGACGCUCCCGUCGCUGUCGGCCACCGCGCUGCGCUGCGCUGCUCGCAGAGUUCGUCCCGACGCUCGUCCGAAGAAAUUCAAAUCCGGGGCGCUCGCGUCACUCCCAGCGACAAAUCCGCGCGUAGAUUCGGCUCCCAAUUGGAACCCGCAUGCGCUGGCCAUGUUCACGGAGGGGCUAGAUCGCGACGCCCUCAAGUGGGUGCGAGAGGGCCAGGGAGCGGCGGCGCUGCAUAGCCACGACCGGAUGGACGCGCUGCGUGCCGUGCGCGGAGCGGCCGGCCGCGGCGGGCUUGGCAUGCCGACGCCGGAGAAGUUUCGGAGCGGCCACAUGCCGCGCGGCGCGACGGUGCCGCUGUCACGCUCCUCGCUGCGCAGCGACGACGGCACCGCCGCCUCGGGAUCCGACAUGGACGAGUCGUCGGACAACGAUGAGAUCGAGGUCUGCAGCGGCAGGUACUCGGUCGACUCGUCACCCCGCCGCGACGACGUGACCCGACGAACGGCCGUUCCCCUCUACCGCUACGCCACCAUGCCUGGGCAGCAGAGCUACUACUCCACUGAUGAUGGCUACUCGGACUUGAGCUCUUCGCGUGACACGGCACUGCCAAGAGCUAAGGCACAGCCGUUGGGACGGCCGCAGGCACGGGUCGUUGAGUAUGCUGAUGAGGAGUACUCCGUAUCUCCAGGCACCUCCGAAUUUUCUAGCCAGGUGGAAGGGCAGAGCAAUGGUGUGACCUCCAAGGGUGGGUAUGUAUCAGAGUACUCCCAUACUGGUCCAGCCCGAAGAGAAGCAAACAAUUUGGGUCCUAAGAAUCGUGCAGCAGCUCCAGCGAGGAUGCGAUACCAACAUGACAGCCAUUCUGCUCAUGUCCCCGCUCGAGAGGAUGUGAAAUCAACACGUAAAUUGAAUGGGUCAUCUGGUGAUAUUCCUAGUGCGCCGCCAAUAAAUGAUUAUGACCAGGACCAUCAGCCAGUAACUCAUGAUGAUACUCGGUCUUGUGAUAAUUCAAAUUUCACCAAUGGCUUAUCUGCCAAAAAAGAUCACCGGGAAGUCAAUGGAGGAGUAAACUUAGCUGACAAAAAUGACAGGAGCACUUUGAAUGCAGGACCAACAAGCAAGCCAUCUAGUUCGAUUCCUAUUCGAGUCCCAACCUUUCAUGCCAGUCUGCAGGGGCCCUGGUAUUCUGUACUUGCUUAUGAUGCUUGCGUCCGCCUUUGCCUUCAUGCAUGGGCUAGAGGCUGUAUGGAAGCUCCCGUUUUUCUCGAAAAUGAAUGCACACUCUUGAGAAAUACAUUCAGCUUGCAAAAUGUCUUGUUACAAUCGGAAGAGGAGCUUAUGUCGAAGCGUGCGUCAGAGCUAGUUAGUGAAGGGGCUGCAUCAAAGCCCAAGAAAACAAUAGGCAAGAUGAAGGUUCAAGUUCGCAAAGUUCGGAUGUCUGUAGAUAUGCCUUCUGGUUGCAACUUAUCAUCACUGCCAAUGGUGAAAUUGGAUUCUGUCCGGUACCGUUUGUCCAAUGUACAAUCCACACUUUCAUCAGGAUGGGAGUCUGUACGGAGAGUUCGAGUUCUACCACAGCUUCCUGCUAACAGUUCGUUCUCAAAGCACAGCUUAGCAUACAUGCAAGCAAGUGCUCAGUAUAUCAAGCAGGUGUCUGGCCUAUUAAAGGUCGGUGUAACUACUCUGCGGAGCAGUUCAGCCUAUGAAGCACCACAAGAAACAUACUCCUGCCAGUUGAGGCUUAAAAGUUCACCUGAAGAUGAUGUGGUACCUAUGCAGCCAGGAUCUGGUGAAACACAUGUCUUCUUUCCUGAUAGCCUCGGAGAUGAUUUGAUCAUCGAUGUGUCUGAUUCAAAGGGAAAGUCUUGUGGUCGUGUUGUUGCCCAAGUUGCUACAAUGGCUGAGGAUCAUGCUGACAAGCUACGCUGGUGGUCAAUCUUCCGAGAACCGGAGCAUGAACUUGUGGGUCGUAUACAGCUAUAUAUCCACUAUACAACUGCUGCUGAUGAGAACAAUAUGAAGUAUGGUUCUGUUGCAGAAACUGUAGCAUAUGAUAUUGUUUUGGAAGUUGCAAUGAAAGCACAACGCAUUCAACAAAGGAACCUUGUUGUGCAUGGCUCCUGGAAGUGGUUAUUGACAGAAUUUGCAUUGUAUUAUGGGGUUUCAGAUGCCUACACGAGGUUGAGGUACCUGUCUUAUAUCAUGGAUGUUGCAACUCCUACCGCUGAUUGGCUCAAUCUGGUUCACGGGCUUUUGUUACCUAUACUGAUGAAAAGCGAUGGUACUGCUACUUUGAGCCACCAAGAGAACCGAAUACUGGGGGAAGUUGAAGAGCAAAUUGAGCAAACUCUAGCUAUGGUUUGUGAGAAUUACAAGUCGCUAGAUGACUCUAUACCGUUGGGUUUGGCGGAAGAUUUUAGGCCUCCAACUGGAUUGGCUGCUGCUGCUCUGGAACCAGCUAUUAAGUUGUACAGUCUUCUACACGACGUCCUAUCUCCGGAAGCUCAACUAAGAUUGUGUGGUUACUUCCAGGCAGCUGCCAGGAAGCGUACGAGGCGUUACAUGAUUGAAACUGAUGAGUAUGUAUCAGGAAAUUCAGAAGGCUUCAGGGUAGACUUGGUAACCGUUACCACGGCUUACCAGAAGAUGAAAUCAUUAUGCAACAAUCUACGAAGUGAAAUUUUUACUGAUAUUGAAAUCCAUAAUCAGCACAUACUUCCCAGUUUUGUUGAUCUGCCAAAUUUAGCUGCCUCCAUCUAUAGUGUAGAGCUGUCAAAUCGUCUACGCGCUUUUCUUGUUGCUUGCCCUCCUGCUGGUCCAGCAUCACCUGUUGCUGAUUUGGUGGUUGCCACAGCUGAUUUUCAGAAGGAUCUGGCUAGCUGGAAUAUCUGCAAUAUAAAAGCAGGUGUUGAUGCAAAAGAGCUGUUCCAUUUGUACAUUGUAUUGUGGAUUGAAGACAAACGCAGGAUGUUACUGGAAAACUGCAGACUGGACAAGGUCAAAUGGUCAGGAGUUAGGACCCAGCAUAUGACAACACCUUUUGUGGAUGAGAUGUAUGAUUUGCUGAAGAAGACAUUGACAGAGUAUGAAGUUAUCAUUUGUCGAUGGCCAGAAUACAUAUUUGUUCUCGAGAAUGCUAUUGCAGAUGUUGAGAAAGCGGUUAUCGAGUCUCUGGAAAAACAGUAUGCAGAUGUUUUGGCUCCACUGAAGGAUUGUAUUGCACCAAAAAAAUUUGGCCUCAAAGUUGUCCAGAAACUCACAAAGCGCAAUUCAACGGUGCCCUACACUGUACCUGAAGAUACCCGUAUGCAAAAUACCACAAAGCUCAAAAAGAUCAUUCAGGAUUCAAAAGAGUUGGUUAUUGAAUCUGAUAUCCGCAGCAGGAUGCAGGCCUUGAAGGAUCAGCUAAUUGAGGCAAUAAAUCAUGUGCACAAAGUAUCUGAAGUACAUGUUUUUUUAGCCAUAUGCCGAGGUUUUUGGGACCGGAUGGGACAGGAUGUGCUGAGUUUCCUGGAGAAUCGCAAAGAAAACAAAGCCUGGUAUAAAGGUGCACGAGUCGCAAUCUCAGUAUUGGAUGAUACUUUUGCAUCCCAGCUGCAACAGCUGCUAGGUAAUACAGUCCCACCGAAGGACCUAGAGCCACCCAGAUCUAUCGUGGAAGUUCGUUCUAUUCUCUGCAAAGAUGCACCCCGCCAGAAGAAUUCUAGUUUCUAUUAUUGAUGAUCAGGCUUAACUGUACAUAGUAGUCAUGCGCUGCGCGUGCAGCUUUUCUCUUGGAGAGAAAAGCUCCAAAGUGCCCAAAUAGCCGGAUCUUUAUAAAGAAACUAGAGGAGGCUCAAUGGUAUCUGAGAAGCUUGCCUUGUGUUACACCAUAUCUUUUUGCUAGUUAAAUUGGCUAUGUUCCCAUUGCCUGUGGAUGUGGACUACAUUCGGAAAGUGGAUUGUGCUUCAGAGUGUAGUCCAAUUGACAUUGUAGGUUAGCUUCAUUGGUAACACUUACCUGUGGUUAAGCAGUUGCUCUAUUUGUUCUUAGGGAUUUUUUUGAAACAACAAAAAAGAACUUUCUGGUUACUGAUGUUCCAGUUCCUGUAUUGUAUAGCUAGUGAGGAAAGAAAACAAUGGACGCUUCAUGUU